AUGUACUUUGGGUUGGAUGAUACGACAAAGUGGCCCGAAUGUCUCGACGAUACAUCUUGCCAAGAACGGAAAGCGGACAAAAUCAUCAUUCACGAAGAGUACGACGUACAUCUAAAGCAGAAUGAUAUUGCUCUGAUAAGGGUCGAUCAUGCUUUGACAUUUAGCGACUAUGUAGGGCCAAUCUGUCUUCCGGUGAAUCAAACGUAUAAUGAAUCUCUGCCAGCCUCGAGAGUUGUUUCGUAUGCCUUGGGCGAGACAUUCGGUGGCCAACCAAGUGAAACCAAGAGAAUAGUCUACCUGCGAGUCGUUCUACAUGAUGAAUGCGCGACUCUGCUCAAAAAGACGUCUUUCUUGCCAUCCCACAACAUGUGUACGCUUGGUAUGAUACCUGGACAAGACGUAUGUCAGGGUGAUUCCGGGGCACCGCUCGUGUGGUUACAUGGAAAACAGAUGUACGUGGUCGGUGUGGUCAGCCAUGGUCCCAACUGUGGAAUGAACACCGUAGUGCCGGGAAUAGCGAUGCGCGUCUCCGAGUUUUUGGAUUGGAUCUUAUGGAACGUUAAAAGCUAA